UGACAUUGUCUAUAUAAAUAUAUUCAAGCGAUUGCUCAUUUUCUAUAAAUAUAAUUGAGUGAGAAAAGGGUGGAGAUAGUGCAGAUAAUUAAUUUGUGACUUUGAUAAUCCGGAUGCUGAAAUAUUUAAAAAAAUCGCUUAGUGUAGUCAUACAACAACAACCUUAUUUUAAGAAUUGUGAGCUUUAUUAAAAAAAUAUUUCUGUAGUUAGUUUUAUGUUUAGUCUUAGGUAUAUAUCCGACCAAUUCUAUAGUUUUAAUACUUAUUUUAUGUAUGUUGGUACCACUGAGCAAUGUAAUGAGAGAUGGCAGCUUGAUAACCACGAAUGUACAAAUGCUAUAAAAUCUUUGAGUUAUAUAUAAGUACUCUUAAUAAUAAAGAUACAGAUUUAAGGAAUAAUAACACUAACGAAUAGAACAGUAAAUUGAUUUGGAGGCAGACCGCAAACAAAACUAAGAUUCGUUCACAUUCAAACUUUGGUGAACUUAAUCAUAUUAACCAUUUAUUCCAAAAGUUUCCAUGGUUGUAACAAAACCUCUAUACUUUUUCUGUGGUUUUAACUAACCUAUAUGUACAUGUAUUGAGGUCAUACGUGUUUUAUUAUUGUUAAAAAAAUGGUUAUCAAUACAUUUUUUUACUAAUUUAAUUGAUAUAAUCAAGAACACGAUAAUACAGGAAAGGUUAUUAACAGAGAAAUGGAUAUCCAAAAUCUUGAAGAAGAAACUGAUAUCCACGAUAAUUUUUUAUCAAGUAUCGAUAUAAAACAAGAAUUAAUUGACGAAGUACCUACAAUAGAAAUUCAAAAUAGAAAUGAACAAGUAAAUACAAUUCACACGAUCAAACAAGAAAUCAACGAUGACUUGAAUACAACUGAGAUAUUUGAUAACAAUGUGGAUGUACUUAAUAAAACAACAAGGAACAUUUCGAGUACUCAAUUCAAACUAAACAAACCGGGAUUUUCGAAAGCUACCCAUAGAAAGGGAAUUAAAUUAAAAGUUACAGGACUGAUAAGAGAUGGGAAACAUUCGCAACCAAAUUCUAUGGGGUUAAUGAUAUGUGUAUAUUGUGGGAAUUUAUAUACAAAACAAGAAGAAUUGUUAUACCACUUGGCAAUAAAUCAUUGUAUAAAAGGAAACAAAUUUUCCAAGAUUAGAAUGCACCAUAAAACUAAAAGUGAUACAUGUAUUGUGGGAAAUAUUAAUAUCAAAGAUGAAAUUGAAGUGAUUGAACAUAAAUUGAAAGUAGAGCUACAGGACACCUUAAACCAGUUGGAUGUUACCAAUAAUUUAAACUCAAAUUUACAUAAGCGUUUGAAAUCAAUUCAAACCAAAUCAAAUAUGCAUUUACAUACUUACACAAGGACUAAACCAUUCAAAUAUGAUAUUGGUAGGAGCCUAUUCUCUUAUAAAAGUAAUUCAAAUAUAAAAAUGCAUAGUCACCCUGGAGAAAAGCCCUUCAAAUGUGACAUUUGUUCUAAAACUUUUUCACAGAGAAGUGGUUUGAAGAGACAUUUGUAUAAUCAUACAGGAGAAAAAUCAUUCAAAUGUGAUAUUUGUUCUAAAACUUUUUCACAGUCAAGUGAUUUGAAGUCACAUUUGCGCAGUCAUACAGGAGAGAAGCCAUUCAAAUGCGAAGUUUGUUUUAAAACUUUUUCACGUAGGAAUGGUUUGAAAAUACAUUCGUAUACUCAUACGGGAGAAAAGCCAUUCAAAUGUGACAUUUGUUUUAAAACUUUUCCACAGUCAAGUGAUUUAAAGAAACAUUUGCGUAACCAUACAGGAGAAAAGCCAUUCAAAUGUGAUAUUUGUUUGAAACCAUUUUCACGGAAAAUUAAUUUGAAGACACAUUUAUGUAGUCAUACAGGAACAAAACCAUUCAAAUGUGACAUUUGCUUAAAAACUUUUUCAGAUAAGAGUAUUUUGAAGAGACAUUUGCAUAGUCAUACAGGAGAGAAGCCAUUCAAAUGUGAUAUUUGUUUGAAAACAUUUACAUGGAAAAUUAAUUUGAAAAGACAUUUUCAUAGUCAUACAGCAGAAAAGCCAUUCAAAUGUGACAUUUGUUUGAAAACUUUUUCAGAUACAAGUCAUUUGAAGGCACAUUUGCGUAUCCAUACUGGAGAAAAGCCUUUCAAAUGUGAUGUUUGUUUGAAAACUUUUUCAGAAAAGAGCGGGUUGAAGAGACAUUUGCGUACUCAUACAGGAGAAAAACCAUUCAAAUGUGAUAUUUGUUUGAAACCAUUUUCACAGAAAAUUCUUUUGAAGACGCAUUUGCAUAGUCACACAGGAGAAAAACCAUUCAAAUGUGACAUUUGUUUUAAAACUUUUUCAGACAGAAGUAAUUUGAAGAGACAUUUGCCUAGUCAUACAAGAGAAAAGCCAUUCAAAUGUGAUAUUUGUUUUACAACUUUUUUACAGUCCAUUGAUUUCAAUGCACAUUUGUGUAUCCAUACAGGAGAAAAGCCAUUUAAAUGUGACAUUUGUUUGAAGUCUUUUUCACAGAUAAGUAAUUUGAAUAGGCAUUCACGUAUACAUACAGGAGAAAAGCCAUUCAAAUGUGAAAUUUGUUUAAAAACUUUUUCAGAUAGAAGUAAUUUGAAGAGACAUUUGCAAAGUCAUACGGGGGGAAAGCCAUUCAAAUGUGAUAUUUGUUCGAAACCAUUUUCACGGAAAAUCAAUUUGACGACACAUUUGUGUAGUCAUACAGGAGAAAACAUUUGCGGAAAUGUACAAGAGAAAAACCAUUGAUGUGCGAUAAUUGUUACAAAAAUUUAUCUCACAAUUGUAAUUUGUGUACAUAUUUGAUUAGUCAUAUAUACAUCAAGGAACAAAAAAAAAUGCUUAGAUUUAACAUUAAGAAAAUAUUGCUUAAAAGUUUGAAUAAAAAAUUAAAAUGUGUCUUUUUAAUAUUAUCA